AUGAAAAUGUACGAGCCUGAUACUUUCUUAUAUUAUUCUUAUGGAGCCAAUUUAUUAACAUCCAGAAUACACAUGCACAACCCUACAGCCGAGUUUUUAUCCAUAGCAAGACUAGACAACUAUAGGUUGGAUUUUAUAACAUAUUCAAAAUUCUGGGGAGGUCCUACUGGAACAUUAGUGCCAACAGCUAAUGCACAUGUUUGGGGUGCCAUUUGGCGUUUGCACAUCAAUGAUAUGACAUCCCUGGAUGCUCAAAAACUUGUUGAAGUAAAAAAAUAUUACAUAAAAUAUGUCAAAGUUCUCACGCCAUACAUGGGGACGUUUUUAUGUAGAGCAUACAUACAGACCGUUAAUCCUUUGCCGAGAAGUGAUAACGACGUCAUCCCCAUAGAAAACUGGCCAUCGAGAACAUAUAAAAAGGUCAUAAUAUUGGGGGCUUUGGAACACGGGCUACCAAAUUAUUAUAUAGAAUAUUUAAAGAAAUUAAAACAUAAUGGCGAAGAAGCAUACUGGAGAGCAGCGUGUCUAUUAAAACGCUAUUCCGAAAAUGAACCAUGCCAAUGUAGAGUUCCAGGGAGAAUACCAAGAAGGCCACUUAAACUAGAUAUGAACAUGUUACGAAACAAAAAAGUCGAAAAAAUAAACAUUUUAAAAAACAAUAUUUAUUUACAAUAA